UAUAAAACUAAAUGGAGUCGCAAGCUUGAUUCACGGAACAAAUUAAACAAUGUACUACUGUAUGUCCUCGCUGUCUUAUGUUUUCAGCUGGUGAAAAGGGAAGGCACUGGCACAGAGCUGCCAAUGAUUGGGGACAAAGUUUUUGUCCACUACGUGGGCACCCUCCUGGAUGGCUCCACCUUUGACUCCAGCAGAGACCGAGGAGAGAAGUUCUCUUUUGAGCUGGGCAAAGAUCAAGUCAUAAAGGCAUGGGACAUCGGCGUGGCUACUAUGAAAGAGGGGGAGCUCUGCCAGCUCAUCUGUAAACCUGAGUAUGCGUAUGGGUCUGCCGGCAGCCCACCCAAAAUUCCCCCUGAUUCAAAACUUAUUUUUGAGGUGGAACUUUUUGAAUUCCGCGGGGAGGAUUUAACCGAAGAUGAGGAUGGAGGGAUUAUCCGUCGCAUUAUCACUAAAGGGCAGCCAUAUGCCAAGCCGAAUGAAGGAUCCUCAGUUGAAGUGACGGUGGAGGGCAGCUGCGAGGGGCGCGUGUUUGACGAGAGGGAACUCAAAUUCGUGAUUGGAGAAGGAGAGUGUCUUGGCUUGCCGGCUGGAGCGGAGAAAGCCAUCAUGGCCAUGGAGAAGGGAGAGGAAGCUCUGUUCCACAUCAAACCUAAGUAUGGCUUUGGGAGCGAGGGAAAUGCCAAAUAUGAUAUCCCCGGCGGGGCGCUUUUGCAAUAUAAGAUCAAGCUCACAGCCUUGGAAAAGGCCAAAGAGUCGUGGGAAAUGAAUUCGUCGGAGAAGUUGGAACAGAGUGUCGUCGUCAAAGAGAAGGGGACACAGUAUUUUAAGAAGGGUAUGUUCAAGCAAGCAUCUAUGCAGUACAAGAGGAUUGUGUCGUGGCUUGAGAAUGAGUCGGGAUUGUCCGAGGAGGAGGAGGAAAAAGCCAAAGCGCUUCGACUGGCUGCGCAUCUCAACCUGGCCAUGUGCUACCUGAAGCUCAAAGAGCCCAACCAAGCACUGGAACACUGCAACAAGGCCCUGGAGUUGGACGAGUCCAGUGAGAAGGCACUAUUCCGAAGGGGAGAGGCACUGUUCGGCAUGAAAGAGUUUGACAAAGCCAGGGAUGACUUUCAGCGCGUUGUUCAACUUUAUCCCGCUAACAAAGCUGCUAAGAGUCAGGUGGUUCUUUGUCAGAAGCACAUGAAGGAGCAGCACGAGAAGGACAAGCGCACGUACGCCAACAUGUUCCAGAAGUUUGCCGAGAGGGAUUCCAAGAAAGCGUCCGAGAAGGUGAAGAGCAAGGAGAACGGAGACAGCGAAGAUAUGGAGAUCGACACUGCUAACAAGGAAGCAGAGGGUGACGCGAAAGUCUAACACGCCGUAAAUUCUGACGGUUCACAUGUUCUUCAGACUUUUGUUACUUCGGCCGUUUUGUGUUUUAAGUGUGUAACGGUAUGCGUGGGUGCAAGAAGCAAGUGUCAACAAGAGCCCUGACUUUGCUGGCUUUCUUCAUCCUGGCCUCUUGCCAUUGUCGUUAAUUGUGGUGGCGAUCUGAGCAGGCGUGAUGUGGUUGUAAUAUUUCUGUGCUCAUGUCCCCUUCAACUCUCAACCCGCAGCUUUACAACUGUGUUUCACAGCUGAAUUACGUAUACGCAUACCGCGUGAAUGUGAGUGUGUGUGUGGAGAAUUGAAAAGCCUUCGCUGUAAAGGGCUAUUCACCUUGCACUAUAUUUGUUCUCUCAAGCCUCCGCUUUUAUGGGCCUAGUGAUCAAUUCCAGGAUUGGCGACGGCUGAACUCUCUGAUACAAUGUGCUGGAAUGCUCCAAAAGUUUAUUCAGUGUUCCCUCACUACUUCGCAGUUCCGUUAUUGUCACUUGUGACCAUAACUUCAUCCAUUGCAGUUUUACCUCACUAUUUUACUGGUUUUCUCAUCAUUUUUUUCAUCCUUCCAAGUCGGACCAGUCAAGAAAUAUCUUUUUAUUUUUUUGGGCGGGGAGAUUUGUUUUACAAAGACCAAGAACGUGAAUUAGGAAAUUACCGCUUCUCAUGCACUACUCUGAGUGUGUGUUUACAGAGGCAGAGUGUGGUGUGCCUCUCUUAUUAGGUCAUUGCUCCCCAAACCCCUUUCCCUCAUCAUAGGUGCGUUGGGAAAUAAGUUCUCAGUGCGCUGCUUCACUCAGACCGUUCAGAAACUUGGAAUGUUGUUCAAAUCUGCUGUACAAUUAUUGAAAGGAUGCAAAAAAAAAGGAGCCCAAGCCAAAUAGUAAAUAUCUGCCUUCAGAAAUUAAGUGGAGCUCACUCGCUCUGCCUCCAGCAGCAAACGAGGACGAUGAAAUGACUCAAAACUAUGUUUAAGUUUGCUUUGAAUUGGCUUACCUAACUAGAAUCCCUCCCGCGAAAAGUGAGGGAACACUGCAUGCAUGUAGCAGGAGGGGAUCAUGAUUUGGGGUUGUAAGCCAUUGGACUGAAGUUUUCUGGUUGAAUUCUCCAGAAGUGCUGUUUUAGGUUUGGGUCAAACCAGCAGUGCUUUCGGGACUAAUGACAGUGUACUUUCAAUCCUUUUCCCUCCCCAAAAGUAUUGUGCUUGUGAUUUCAGAAUUGUUGUGAAUACGACAAAGUAAUCAACUGGAAUAUCCGGACACGUAAACGAGCAUCAAAGCAGCUAUACAGGACCCAUGACCUCAUUCGACCGUCUUAAUUUUCUGCUUUGUGAAUGAAGUUUUGAUGUUUUCAGCCUGUUGAAAGGACGUUGCCGUGAAAAAGCCACUUAGGGUCUACUUGGUCUGUCGGAAGGGUGUGGUUUGUUGUGGUGUGGUCUGGCGGAAGGAUUCAAUAAACAGUUAAAACCUGC